UUAAUAUAAAUAGAUGUCGUUGCGUUCUGUGCUUUAUUGAGGAACAACAGGGAGAUGGAGAUGAUUUCUCUUGCGGUGGUGCUGGGUUUGGUGACCGCUGUAGCUGGCCAGGCAUGCUACCCGCCGUUCACCAUGGUGGGGUCCAAGUGCCUCUACCUGGAGUCGGAGGUUCGCCUGUCGUGGCCGGAGGCGAGGGACUUCUGCAAAGGGCUCGCGGGCGACAGUGGAGGGGGUGACAUAGCUUCCUUUCCGUCCUGCGAUAACUUUGUGGCUUUCUCCAGAUACCUUGUAUUCAACGCUCCCAAUAUUAGCGGGCUGUGGGUGGGCGCGCACACGGCCUUCACGCCCAACAUGUGGCAGUGGGUAAGCGGUGAUGACCUGCAGACGGGCGUACCUUUUUGGUACUAUAAUGAGGAUUACGAUGGAACACGACAAUGCGCUAGCAUCAACUUGGACUAUUACAACCGGCUGGUAGACGCUCACUGCGACCAUCCAUUAUCCUUUGUCUGCGAGAUGCAACCUGCGAGAAGAGACGAAGCAGUACAGCCUGCAGUGAGGCGCGCACGGGACGCGGAAUGCGAAAACCACGGCAUUCUGGUAGGAGAUUUCUGUUACGUGUUCCAUGACCGACUGGAGACCUGGGAGAACGCGGAGAUGAAGUGCCGAAGUGAGCACGAGGACUUAGGAGGAGAACUGUACUACCCCAGCAGCUGCCACGAGUUCACACACAUGGCGCACCAUCUGGAGGCCGCAGAGAAGGUAAACUCAUACUGGGUGGGCGGCGUGGACACAUCGGGCAACGAGGAGUGGACGUGGGUGAACGGCGGGAACAUCCCGGGCGGGCCUCCGUACUGGGCCACGGGAGAGCCCAGCCACACCCACGACAAUGAGCCCCGCGAACACUGCACCGCCAUGACCGCAGAAAAGCGAUACUAUCUGCAGGACGUCCACUGUUCAGAGAAACACUUCUAUAUCUGCAAGUUACGGUUCAUCUAAACUGGGGAGCUCAAGAUCCCAGCUAGAAGUAGAAGGGGGAAUAAAGAUAAAUUUCA